CAACAACAACAACAUAAUCAUCAUUGUCCAAUCUGUAUGAGAAAACGAAAACAAAAAUUCUUUGGAAAAAACAAUCGUUUCUCUUACACAUAACUCUUUUUUCAAAUUAUAAAAAAAACGAUAAAAAUCUAAUCUAAAAUAAUUGUUUUUUCACUGUGAAUAAUUGAAAAAAAAUAAUGGUCAGCGAAAUGGAAUCAGCCACUGUUGGUAAAAAUUUGACCACUGUUAAUCAAUCGGUCAACAACAACAAUAAUAAUAAUAAUAAUAAUGUAACGGCUGUCUCAUCAGCUUAUAAUGCUGAAACGGUUGCCAAUAAUAAUAAUAUCAAUAUCAAUAAUAAUAAUAAUAAUAAUGCCGAUAUUCAAGAACAAUAUUCGGCACAAUCUGUUGCAAUUGAAUUUGUUCGCCAAUAUUAUACAAUGAUGAAUCGAGCGCCACAACAUCUUUUUCGAUUCUAUAGCGAGGAUUCAACAUUCAUUCAUGGUACAUUGGAUAAACCGGAUAAAAAUCGUGGCGAAUUCUAUCAUCAUGGACAAAAACAGAUUAACAAUAAGAUAAUGUCAUUGAAUUUUUUAAACUGUCAUACCAAAGUUCGUCAAGUAGAUAGUAUGAGAACUCUUGGUAACGGUAUCGUUAUUCAGAUUGUUGGUGAUUUAUCGAACAACCGUCAACCAUCACGUCGUUUUAAUCAGACAAUUGUUUUGGCACCAGACUCGCCAAACAAAUACUAUGUUCGAAAUGAUAUAUUUCGCUAUCAAGAUGAUGUUGCCGACGGUAUGUGUGGUGAUCAUCAAGCUAAUAUACAAAUGUUGGAAAAUGGCGAUUCAUCAUCAUUGAUUUCUGAAAUCAAUGUUGUUGGCCGUGAAAUGAAUCAGUCAUCAGAAAUUUCUAAAAGCGAACCCGGCGUCAUCGAUUCGUCUCAGGAAGAAAAUUUUCAAUCUGCUAAACAACAACAAUUGAGUCACAAUUCGAAUGCUAAUAAUAAUAACAUUGAAUUGAUCGAUAUCGGUAAAAUGAUGACGCCGGGUGAUCAAGCUAAAGCGGCUUCUGUUCAGCCGACCGAUAAAGCUGUAAUGGGAUCCCAACCAAGAUCACCAAUUACGCCACCACAGCCUGAAUCAAACGAAGCCAUUCAUCAACAAAUGAAAAUGGUGACAAAUUCGGAUAAGGCUGCUGCUGCUAUUGGAACAGAAAACCUUAAACAUAACGAUGAAGAUCUUGUGAAAUCUGAAUCAAAACCUGAACAACAGGAACAAAAUGAGAAUAAUAAUAAUUUGGAUGAAAUUCCUAAAACUAGUGUUUUUUCAUCGACAACGAAUGAACCGAAAACUUAUGCUGGUAUUUUGGGUCGUGGUUCAACUCAUCAACCAUCAAUGACUGCUGCUGCUGUCGUUGUUCCUGCAUCGAUUGGUCAAACUUCGGUGUCGAAAAAUCCAACUGAUGCUCCUACUAAUGUUGGUAAUGUCUCUACAAAUUUUCCGUUGCCUUCACCAUCUACUGGUGAAAAUUCAAUAGCUACCGGUAUUGUUGCUGGUGCCAACGUAAGUAACAUGGGGAAUGUCAGCAGUGGUGGUUCAGUUGUUCCAAAGCCGCCAUUCGCUGUUACUGCUUCUUCGGCUCAACAUCAACAAUCUACAGCUCCAUUGAAUCAACAACGUGAACGUGAUCAUCGUUUCUCUAAAAAAUCUUUCAAUCGUCGGAAUGAUUCCCGGGAAAGUGGCAAGAACAAUGAUUCUGAUUCAGCUGAUGGUGUUGAUCAUUUUGGUGGUUCUUCUAUGCUCAAUAGUAGCAUUAACAUUGCCAACAGCAGUAAUGUUAAAAAAUAUCCCGAUGAAAAUCAAUUGUUCCUUGGAAAUUUAUUGCCCGAUAUUAGCGAAGAAAUCGUGCACACUAUUUUCGGAAAAUUUGGAAAAAUUGUUGACGUUCGAAUCAAUCGACAAAAAAUAACGAAUUUAGGCAAAAAUCGAAACUAUGGUUUCAUAACAUUUGAAGAUCCACAAGUUGUCGAUAAAAUUAUUGCCCAAAAGCCUAUUUACCAUGAAAACCAUCGAUAUAACGUUGAAAAGAAGCAAGGCAAAAAUGCUGCCAACACUGGAAGUAGCAAUUAUGAUCGCAAUCGUGAACGAAACAGUUCGUCAAAUGUGCGAAAUCCUAAUAUUCAAACAAACCCAUUGCAAAGUGGAAGCGGUUCUGGACCAAGAGGUGGUCAUAUGUCAGGGAAUCCCGGAAGUGUUGGUGGUGCACAAAUGAAUCAAAUCGGUGGCGGUCCGCGUAAUCGCUCGAAUUUUAAUCAUCAAAAUGCUAAUACUGGAGGUGGAAAUCAAAUCAACAGAGGUGGCGCUGGUGGACAAGGGCAAUUUUCAAAUCGUCAAAUGUUUAAUCAUCCACCACCAUCACAACAACAACAGUCGCAACAAAAUCGAUGAGCAAUUCGAAUGUUUCCGUUUCGGCAUCUGACUAUGAUGAUAAUUUUUCAAAACAAAAAAAAAUGUGUCAUUUGGUUUUGUUCAUUUACAUCAAAAAUAUACACUUAAAGCAACAUUCGACCCGCCGCGCUCACAAGUCAAUUUUUUUUUUAUUUCAUCAGAAACAACUCAAAUUUCUCGUUCUUAAUGUUCUCGUCUAUUUUUCAUCAAUGAUUGUGUGGAAUGCCACGAAUAUGAUGAUUUUUUUAACUUUUCACUUCUGUCAAAUUGCUAAAGAUCGCUAUGAUAAUGAUGAUGAUGUUUAUGUUGAAUGAUGAUUUUUUUUCCUUCUGUUCUAUAUUAUAAUUGCGAAUGUCAAGUAUUUAUUAUUUUUAUUUUUUACAAACUGAAUCAACAACCAUAUAAUAAUACACACAUACAAGGAAUGCCCAAAACAAUUUAUAAAUUAUGAUGAUGAUUGAUUCUAUAUUUUUCUUGAUCAUCUACGAUUUUUUUUUAAUUUCUCAACAAUUUUCAUCAUUGUCAUGAAAUGAUCAUCAUUGCCAUUCGAUUCUCAUAAGUCAUCAAACAGUUCAGAACAGGCGUCCAAAUUUUUUUCUUUUGAUCAUGAUCAUCAUCAUUAUCAUCGAUUCAGAACGAUUAUCACCUCAUGAAUAUAUAGUCAAAUGAUUGAACCCAUUUUUGGUGCCUAAUAAACAUCACAUUACAUACAUACAAUCAUCAUACAAAAAACAAUACACAGAGACAACAAGAAACAUAGCCUAAAUGAAAAAAAAAGUUUGAACAAAAAAAAAUCACAUUACACAACAACACUUACCAAUUAUCGUUUUCAAUCAAUCCUAUUUUUCCCUUUCCUUUCAGAUAUCUUCGCUACUUUCAAUCUUUACAAGUCGUUUUCGUUGCCAUUUGUUGUUUCAAAAUGUUUUCAUUUUCUUCAAGAAUUUCUUUUUUUUUCUUGUUUAUUUUUUUUAUUAUAAUUAUCAUCUGAAAAAAAAAAAAAUGUUCACUCCGUAUAACAUGCACACACAACAUAUACACAUACAAACACACACACACACACACACACAUGUUAUAUACACCUAUGUCUAAUGAGAGAGAUGAAAAUCAUCCGAAAUGGAAACAAUUUGGAUGUGUAAAAAAAAAAAUUUUUUAUUUUUAAUUAUACAAUACAAAUUAUAAUUUAAACAAAAUUGA